CGGUAGAAAAGAGAAAAAUUGAAGCUGAUUUCUCUGUUCUGUGUAUAUUUUCGGCGCUAGUCGGAUCAGAGAAGAUCAGGUCAAAAUUGGCCUGUGAGACCGAAGUAAACCCCAACCCUUCAAAUCCUCAACUAUUUCUCCAGCCUGUCCCGUCCUUCCCCGGGCUCGUCCCUAUCUAUCAAUUGGGCCUCUGGUUUCGACCCCUCAUACGCGCUACGCUCCACUCUCCACUCCGUCCAGCACGCUCCCCUCAACUCCACUCAAAAAACAGAAAAAUCUCCAAAUAUGCCACCAUCGUUAGAAGAUGUUGCUAGUCUCAAGGACUUGGUCAAAAGGCUGCAGGAGCGGAUAGAAAAACUCGAACUAAGCAUCACCGGGGAUCCUGGUAGCGGGGCGGAUGCUCCAGUCGGUUCACUUAGGAUGAUUCUUAUGGGACCUCCUGGCGCUGGUUGGUGACGCUUUUUUCUUUCUUUUAGUAUAAAGACAGAUCUCAAGUUUAUUUUGACAAACCGCCCACGAACGCACGCCUCGGCUAACGGGUGGUGAAAUGCAGGGAAGGGAACACAGGCUCCAAAGAUCAAAGAUAAAUUCUGUAUCUGCCAUCUAGUAUUCUUCCUUGCGAUACAGAGAUUCUGACUGUUAUUCUAAUUAACAUGAUUAUUCUAGGCUACUGGCGACAUGCUUCGCUCCCAGGUCGCGAAGAAGACAGCUCUCGGUCGUGCGGCGAAGAAGAUUAUGGACGAGGGCGGUUUGGUCAGCGACGAGAUCAUGGUUGGUAUGAUCAAGAACGAACUCGACAACAAUGCUGAAUGCAAGAAUGGGUAUUUCGGCCACAGCUACAGCAGAAACACUUUUGUUUUGUUUUUUCUAACGAUCUCUUUUUAUAGUUUCAUUCUUGAUGGCUUCCCCCGCACUGUCCCUCAAGCAGACCGUCUGGAUUCCAUGCUUGAGAAUCGUGGCGAGAAGCUGGAUCAUGUGGUCCAGCUCGAGAUUGACGAUGCCCUGCUGGUUGCUCGCAUUACCGGACGUCUUGUUCACCCCGCUUCUGGACGCUCUUACCACAGAAUCUUCAAUCCGCCGAAGGAGAGUAUGAAGGAUGAUGUCACCGGCGAACCCUUAAUUCAGCGGUCUGACGAUAACGCUGAAACUCUCAAGAAGCGUCUUGUCACCUACCACCAGCAGACUAAGCCUGUCGUCGAAUACUACAAGGGGAAGAAGGUGUGGAAGGGCAUCGACGCUUCGCAGGAGCCCGGUGUCGUUUGGAGACAACUCUUGGGCAUCUUUGGAGAGACGAAUCAGUCUCCGGUUUCUGCUGCCGGAAGCAAAAUCCUUGAGAAGGUUGGAAUUUCGAAAUAGAUUCUGGGGUAGCGUUGCUUGUUUCUUUUAACUUCUUUACAUGGGAUACGUUUUUCUCCGCGCUCGCACUAUUGCCUACUUUUUGUGGGGUUCUUUUUCUUUCUUUUUCUUUUUUUCCUCCACCCCUCUCGUUGUCGGUUGUAUCAGUAGAGAGGCAGCUUUACCGGAGGUGCUUGGGCUUGGUGGGAGAAGGGUGACGAGUGAUCGGAAAUGCAAGUCUGUAAAUGGAAAGGAAGAAACGCCUGCUCGCGGUGGGGCUGAGAUAAAAAAAAAGAUUCAAGCGAAGAUGGAGAAAACGGGAAAACAUAUUGUACCAAGGGAGUUGCUGUUUGCCCACGGUUCGGCGAUGCGGACAAUCGGGAGUUUUUAGGAGAAAACCCCCCCAUAAACCUGGGCAUCACAGAAUUGGGCGUCGCGUGCCUGGUUCCGGUGAUGGCGCACAGUAAUUUGCACUAGGAACGGUUGGCAGAAAAGAAAAAAAAAGGCACCAACCACAUACCGGUAUGGGAUACCCGGAAAUUCGGCGAACCCCACCAGAAACCGUGUCGUAAAACUGGGGGCAGGCGGAAGAUAAAGGAACCAGGAGUUCCGGGGUUCGUGGUAUCGUAGCUAGAGCUUUAUAGAAACAGUUAAUAGUCUAAGAUCAAAACUGU